CCUGCUCGAGGCACAGCCUGUCAGCGACACACUGGGAUUGACAACACAGCUCCCACUAUUAGCUUAGUUCCACAGCAGAAUUAGGGAAAUAACCAGCUGACAAAACUCACUAGGGUCAGUAAAAGACGACACGACAAUGUAGCGUUUGUGUGCUGAAGGUAGGAUCACUUGAGAAUACUUUUCCACGGCAUCGGUACGUGAAGGCUAACUUACCGUUAGCUUCCCAGCAUUAGCUAGCAAAUGUUCAGUAAUUCAAGUUAGCAGCGAAAGCUAACCUGUUUGAUGUGGUCCAAAAGAAAAAAAAAACAGGCGUACGAAUAUCUGCUGCCAGGACGGAACUCGGAGGUGGGGGGGAGACAAUUAUUCGCUCCUAGAUAAUCAUGGCGUCGAUGCAGUUUGAUUGACUUUUGAGGUGGGGGGGCUGUCAACAAGCUCGCUGCUGACGUUAGCUAUCCUGCUACCACCACCACCAACAUGGCCAAAACAACCGAGAACGGCCGCUACUCGUCGGACACGCGGAGCAUCAGGACCAUCAGCAGCAGCCACAUCGACGAUGAAAGCUCUUUGGGGUCCGACUCGGAGAUCAACGGCUUCACCAGCGACAGGCAGACGGAUAAAUACGGCUUCAUUGGCGGGGCUCAGCAGUACUCGGAGAAGUCAGCUCAGUACGUGCCCCCAGAGGUGCUCAGGCAAAGGGAGGUGAAGUGGCUGGACAUGCUCAACCACUGGGACAAGUGGAUGCUCAAGAGAUUCAAUAAGGUGAGGCUGCGUUGCCAGAAAGGAAUCCCUCCUGCUCUCAGAGGCCGUGCGUGGCUCUUCCUGUCUGGAGGGAAAGUGAAGAGAGAACAGAACCCCGGAAAAUUUCAGGAACUGGACAGUCAGCCAGGAGACCCCACAUGGAUUGACGUGAUUGAGAAGGACCUCCAUCGACAAUUUCCUUUCCAUGAAAUGUUUGUGUCGCGGGGAGGUCACGGGCAGCAGGAUCUGUUUCGUGUUCUGAAGGCCUACACUCUCUACAGACCAGAGGAGGGAUACUGCCAGGCCCAGGCCCCUAUUGCUGCUGUCUUGCUAAUGCACAUGCCUGCUGAGGAUGCUUUCUGGGGGUUGGUCCAAAUCUGUGAGAAGUAUCUUCCUGGUUACUACAGUCCUGGCCUGGAAGCCAUACAGUUGGAUGGAGAGAUUCUGUUUGCUCUGCUGCGACGCGUCUCCCCACCGGCCUUCCGGCAUCUAGAGAAACACAAGAUCGACCCCAUCCUCUACAUGACUGAAUGGUUUAUGUGUGCCUUCUCCAGAACCCUGCCCUGGGCCUCUGUGCUGCGUGUCUGGGACAUGUUCCUCUGUGACGGAGUCAAAAUAAUCUUUCGCGUGGGUUUGGGGCUGCUGAGGUGCACGCUGGGAACUCGGGAGAAGCUGAAGAACUGCCAGGGCCUGUAUGAGACAAUGGAGCUCCUCCGGGCCAUAGAGCCUCAAUACAUGCAGGAGGACUACCUUGUCCGAGAGAUUCUCUUAAUCCCAGUGACGGCACGCGACAUCGAGAGGGAGCACCACUCCCAGCUCAAACGCUGGCGGAAGAACCGGGGCGAGCUGAACUUCAGGCCGGCGCCGAGGAUGCACGGCGCCCGCCUCAUCAUGCUGGCCGAGCCCCCGAGGCGCCAGGACCUGCAGCAGAACCCCACCAUCGUGAUCGAGGAGCCACCGCCGCCCACGCCGCAGCUGAAGAAGAGCAAGGAGGAGAGGAAGAGCAAGAAGAAGAGCGCGAAGAAAUCCGCGCCCAUCGAGGAGAUCCCCAACCCGUACCCUCUCCCCACCGACACCACUCCCCUUCCUCCUCCUCUUCCACCUGCAGGUCCGCCUGACGUGGACUCGCCGCACCUGCAGGAAGCGCCUCCUGCAGACAUUCCUGCUGCCAACAAAUCUGGUCUCCAGCAGUCCUCACAAAGCCUUAGCAGCAUAGACCAGGAUACGUACCUGUAGCUCUGAAGCUGUGCGUGUGUGUGGGGGGGUGGGGACAAAGCACCAGCAACCAACCAGCCUUGCCAACGUCUCCGACUGGCCAGCAUCUUAAUUAUUAUUUUUGCAUUGGACAGUUUUUGUAUUAAUUUUGCUCACAGAUUUAACUCUGAUAUUAUUAACAUCCUCUAAAGUGCUAAAACUGCUCUGCGUGAAUUUGAUGUUGCCUCUUGAUGCUUAAUGUGCUCACUGACUGUCAGUCUUACUCGUCUGCUGCAGUUGUCGAGAGCAAAGUGUUGUCUUUGGACUCUACAUUUAUAUGAGACCUAAGGAGGAAUACGGUUACAAAACUUGUAGUUUUUUCCUGUCAGACUGAACACUAUUAAGUUGAUCUGUUAGUGUUUUGAAGCAACAUUUGUGGACUCAUAGAAACACAUCUGUACACUUUAUUAAAUGUUUUUUUCCACUAGAGGGCAGCCUCACACACAUUACAGCUCAUUUUAGAUUGUCAUUAGAACGGAACCACAGCAACUUGGGUGCAACUGUUUUCAGGUUUUACUUUUGAAAAUUUUAUGAAAAAGGAAAUGCACUUGCUUAAAUGAAAAAAUGGGUUAAACAUUUUACACUUGCUCAUCCGUGCCCUUCUACUACACACAUGGUCACUUUUUAUUUUUUGUCUCGUUUGAACUGAUUUCGUGUGAACUUCGUGUAAACUCAUGAUGUUACAGUGCCAGGCACUUCCAGCCACAUUCCACCAACAUCAUUUCAUUUUGCUUGGACCAGCAGGAAGGAGAGCACAGGACAUUCCUCACUGACAAUUUCUGCCUUCUUAAAAGCCGAUCGGUUGAAAAAAAUUGCCAAAUGCUAAUCUGUGUAAUGUGGACACGUGUGCAGGUACUUCCUGUCAAAACCUGGACAGGAAGUGAUUGCUGGUUACAUAAUGGGGCUGAUGUUUUUAGUAGCACUACCUGAGAAUCACUAAUAUAUAUUUUGCUAGAAUUUCCAAAGCUACACAAUACGUUUUCUUUAAGAUGAUUGACAAAUGCUACCUGUGACUUCGUUAUUGUUUUUUUUCCUGUAAGCACGGUCCAGCAGGAUUAGAGGAUAUCCACAUUUACUGGGAGAUUUUGACUGUUUCUCUCUAAUUUCACUUUUCAGCGUUCAUUCUUUGUAAAGGGAGUUUAGCAACUGGCACAGAUCUUGUUAAAUGUUUUUGUUUAUGUGUCAAAAAAGAUGAAGAUCUGUUUUAAAAAAAACAAGCAUAGGUCAAGUAUAAAAAUCAGUGUGGAUUAGGGUAACUCACUCUUAUGCAAUCAUUACACGUGUCACAUUUUGCUUAUGCUGCAUUUUUAUUUAAAGCUUUUUGUGUAGAUAUGACAUGUACAAUUAACAUUUUCUUUUCAAAUGAAAUGUAUUGCUAUGUUUUACUGAGCAGUAAAUGAAACUGCAGAGCAGAUGUCUCUAAAUCACUCAGUCUAAUACAGUAUAUGUCAGAUAAACAUUUGUAACACUAGAAAAUUUUUUUACUGGAAACGUAAGCCACAUUUCUUGUAUAUACUCUAAAGACAGAUUAGUAAUGUUUUAUCCUUUACACAAGGUUGUAGAAAAGAUGUUUAAUCACUACGAGGCUAAAGUUUUAUAGGUGAAAACAAAUUUGGUUAAGUAGAUGGAAACAUUUCUAUUCACCUUCAAUGAGCGUUUUGGGUCGCUUGUCUGUCUGCAAUGUGUUGGAUUCACCAGCAGGUGGCAGAAAAGAGCUGCUGGUUUGAUCUGCUCAGCAUUUUGGUCGACAUGACUUCUGGGUCUCGAUGUUUUGAUACUGUACAUGUUUUUUAUAAUGUACCAACUUAGGGCUUAAAUCAGUCACAUCUUUGCAUUAUGUUUUCACAGCUGAGAGUGAUGUUACUGCUCAACUAUUGAAUAAAGUUCCAUAAAUUUA